CCUGCCUUUGCCAAUCCGCUGUUGGUGCACAAAUGUUGGGCCAGAGUAUUAUUACCAUGAAACAGGCUGAAAAUUUGCUAAAUACAUGUGGCUGCUCUUUUCAAUAUUUUUUUUCACCCCGUCCCUUUUUUUUUCUUCCUCUGUCUCAUAGGUACUAGGUGGGCUUAGUUUGAUAGAUGACGGAUCCCCUCCCCAACUGCAGUUCGUGGUGUUUUUAGUAUACAUAUGCAUGUUAGCCCGAGGUUACACAUACUUGCAUACAUACCUACCUGGGUAGGUAUUGUACCUAUCUUAUUAGAAAAGGCUCCUGAUAUUAUUAAAAAAUAGACAGGUAGGAUCAAUCGUGUCGGCUAGAAGCGACGGGGCAUUGGCUAUCACCUAGUACAGGAGAUCAUAAAAUUGGGCAGCCGAGCGAGCCUACAAUGGCGGUGGUGUGUGUGGUUGUGGUUGUUGGAGGGAGGUUGCAUAUGUCUGCGCCAUGAACACGGAGAUCAAACAUAAAGAAGAAGGGUAAAUGCUGUUACGCUAUGGGCCCUCGGUACCCGGUUCCUGAGUACAUAUCACGAAGCCUCCCAUCCAUCCAUCCAUACAUACAUACCUACCCUUACGCAUGCCUACCUCCCCUACCUACUUACUAUAUAUCCUGUAAAUAAGAAAUUUGGCUUCUAAGAGGUUUGUCGUUUAUAUGUAUAUGUAUGUCCUGAGGAGAUAAGCACAUCCAACCAUGCCAUCUACCGCGGCAAGCGGGCUGGCCUCGUUCGUGACAUCACCAACAACAAGCAAGGCGUCCACCUCCUCGACAUCAGCAUCAACGAUCGAUGGGGCCAGCUUCCUGACCACACCAAUAAACACAACAUCGACGACGGCCCCGCUCACGCUGCCGCCGCAAACCACGCCCUUCACGCCGCCGGCGGACGCCGACUGCGCGCUGUCGGUGUACUGCCCGUUCCUGACGUACUGGCUCUACACGCAGGGUGGGCACCAGCUGUCGGGGAUGCCGUGCCAGGCGCUGAACAAGCUCGACGCGUCGGAACCGCGGCAGAUCGGGUACCGGCCCGAGUGCCUCCCGCCGGGCUACUACACGCUCUUCGACAACCUCGUCACGGAGAUGGACCCGCGGAUCCCGGGCGUCCCGACCGAGAGCGACGGCGGCUCGACGCGCGCGUACCCCGGCACGGCGUGCGUGUCCGGCUGGACGACGGCGUGCACGACGACCAUCACGGCCGAGAUCAACGCGGGCGACGGCGGCGCUGAGGGGACUUACCCCCAGGCCUGGUGCUGUCCGCCCGGCGGCUGGGAGUGCACGGCCACGGAGGCUAUUGGCGUGCCCGGACGCCACUGCCAGAGCGUCAUGACCGAGGCGACUAACAUCUGGAUGACCUGGGACCCGCCGUUCACGGACCUCACGCGCGGCGAGUACUACACGUACCCGGCGGGCGUGACGAGCGAGGCGAAGGAGAACGGGGCGACGAUCUAUCACCGUGUGUUCCCGCUGCAGCUGACGAUGGUGGCGACGGCGGAGGCGACGGCGGAGGGGGGUGGGAGUGGUGGUUCGUCGGAUGCGCAGCAGACUUCUUCUGGGAUUGGCGAUGGUGAUGGUGAUGCCAUUGACAGUGCUGCUGCGCCGGCUCUGUCGAAAGGCGCGGUGGCGGGCAUUGCGGUUGGCGUGGUUCUGCUCGUGAUGCUCCUGGGUGCGGGGGCUUUCAUCCUGCUGUACCGCCGCAGACGGAAGAAGAAGGGGGAGGAAAAUGGGGUUGGGAGUGGGAGUGGGGGGGAUGGUCCCGAAUCUACAUCUGAAUAUAAGCCUGACGCGCUGGAUCCCACCCUUCCUCCUCCUCCUCUUCUGAUGACGAUGACGAUGACAGGGGGGAUUUUAGGCGAUAAGCCGGAGCUGGAGGGCAGCUCGGUUCAGCUUCCGCACGUGUUGCCCAAGGCGGAGCUCGAGGCGCGGACACCGCCGGGAUACCACAACCAUCUGAGGCCGAGUUCAGAGCUAGAUGCGUCGGGACCUGUGUCGCACCGCGGAACGGUAAGUACGAUGACUGGUGGUUAUAUGAGUCCGAAUCCGACGGGGGGUGAUGGUAUUUUCCCCUCGCCGGAUUCGAGGUAUAGGAGUGUGUUUGAGAUGCCGGGUUGAAGUUUUGAUUAGUUAAGUAGUAACUAAUUAGUUAACUACUAGGUAUAAAAGUUUUGUACAAUACAGUUGUUAAAUGGUAGCCCUGGAGGUGCUAUGUAAGCCCCAAGCUCCGGGGCUACAGUACCUAGAUGGGCAUGGAUGGUUCCCUGUAUUUUACCUUGCUGGGUAGCAGCUUACAGGCUUAACAGCACCUACACCCUAUUAAAUCUAAUUGCAUUUAACUAUUUCGACUAAAACUUGAAAACUUCUUACAAUCAACAAUUAUUCAAAGUUGAUCCCACCAACUCUCGUACACAUCUCGCAAGUCAACACUCUCCGGGUGCUUAAGUACCA